CCAAGCAACUUUCACAUGCACUGUCUAGUGGCUAAUGAGAUUCUCUACUGUAUUAAAACCUACUGUAAACUACGGACAAGUCGCUCCUCCCUCACAGAGGACAGGUCAAAGAUGGCGUCGAUUAGGUGUUUUCUUCGCUCCGGGAAGAGUGCCGUCUCGGUGGUCCUGCGUAGAGAGUUCAGCAAGACCUCUCCAGCUGCUGUGCAGGUGAAUGUCCGAGAUGCCCUCAACCAGGCGAUGGAUGAGGAACUGGAGAGGGAUGAGAAAGUCUUCCUUCUGGGGGAGGAGGUGGCCCAGUAUGAUGGAGCCUACAAGGUGAGCAGGGGACUGUGGAAGAAAUAUGGAGACAAACGAAUCAUCGACACACCAAUCACAGAGAUGGGCUUUGCAGGCAUUGCCGUUGGUGCGGCAUUCGCCGGGCUGAGGCCGAUCUGUGAGUUCAUGACCUGGAACUUCUCUAUGCAAGCCAUCGACCAGGUGAUCAACUCAGCUGCUAAGACCUACUACAUGUCAGCCGGAGCCCAGCCUGUCCCCAUUGUGUUCCGUGGUCCCAACGGCUCCUCUGCAGGUGUGGCAGCCCAACACUCCCAGUGUUUCGCUGCCUGGUACGGCCACUGCCCCGGUCUCAAAGUAAUCAGUCCCUGGAACUCUGAGGACGCCAGAGGCCUCCUCAAAGCAGCUAUCAGGGACAACAACCCUGUGGUGUUCCUGGAGAAUGAGCUGAUGUACGGUGUGCCCUUUGACCUGUCUGAGGAGGUUAUGCACAAAGACUUUGUCUUACCUAUUGGAAAGGCCAAGGUAGAAAGACAAGGAACUCGCAUCACUCUCGUGUCACAUUCCCGGUGUGUGGGGUUCUGCCUGGAUGCUGCAGCUGUCCUGGCUAAAGAGGGGGUUGAAUGUGAGGUGGUUAACCUGCGCACCAUAAGACCUCUGGAUGUGGAGACCAUUGAAGCCAGCGUGAUGAAGACUGGCCAUCUGGUCACGGUGGAAGGGGGCUGGCCCCAGUACGGAGUAGGGGCUGAGAUCUGUGCCAGGAUCAUGGAGGGCCCAGCCUUCAACUACCUGGAUGCCCCUGCUGUCCGUGUGACCGGUGUCGACAUCCCUAUGCCCUACGCUAAGAUCCUGGAGGACCACAGUGUACCUCAGAUCAAAGACAUCAUCUUCACAGUCAAGAAGGUCUUGAAUAUGUAAACAUACCAAAUGUCUCCCUCCCUCUCCCACCGUGCCUCCCUCCCUCUCCCACCGUGCCUCCCUCCCUCUCCCACCGUGCCUCCCUCCCUCUCCCACCGUGCCUCCCUCCCUCUCCCACCGUGCCUCCCUCCCUCUCCCACCGUGCCUCCCUCCCUCUCCCACCGUGCCUCCCUGCCUCUCCCACCGUGCCUCCCUCCCUCUCCCACCGUGUCUCCCUCCCUCUCCCACCGUGUCUCCCUCCCUCUCCCACCGUGCCUCCCUCCCUCUCGCCACUCCUUUCCUUGCAAACCAACCUUAUUAAACUUCUAAGUACCUAUAAGUACUUAUUUACUUAUACAAUAGUAUGUACUUGUAUAGUAAAUACUUAUUUCCUCCCCCAUGUCACAUGACUACAUGAAAAUAGUCCAAAUAGUUAGAUACUGUAAUACCUACAAGUACUUCCACUUCCGUUUCCUGAUUGGUUGGUGGACAGACAAGCUGGUGACGUCAAACCAACUCAUCAACUUUGUACAGAUCUGUCAAUGAUCCGCUGAUGGAAAGACUAAGUCAAAGAAAUGUAUAGUUGAUUUAAUGGAGUGUAUUUAUUAUGGCCGAUAAUUAUUGUAACUCGUGUUAUUUUUUUGUUGCUGUAAAAUGGCUUUGUUACAGAAAUAAAACUCCCCAUUUUAUCAGAAAUAACAA